ACAACAAAUUCAUACAAGGUCAACGGAUUUAAUAUAUUUUAAAUGGAAAUCAUUCCUGAAGGUAGACACUUUCGUUUGGUGCAUGAAUCAGAGCUUUCAGAAAUUUUGGUAACUUUAGAGCGCUAUCUGCCGGAAUCAUUAAAGUUUCAUCAAACUAUUAAAACGUACCUGAAUGAUCGUAUUUGGGAUUUUAAGUUUUAUGUUGCUAAAGAUUGGCCCGAAAAACCGAUAAUAUUACAUUUUCCAGGAUGCACGCUUACGCCCCACAACAAUAUAUACCAAACAUUUGGCAUAUUUUGUCCAUCCGCACAAAUCGAACAUGUCGAUCUGAUGCGCACCGAAGAUGUACUUAUAGAUUGGCAGAAGCCAUUGUACCUGAACUUUACGCACAUCGCUAUUAUGAAUCGCCUGGAUGAUUUCUAUUCGAAAAUUGGUCUAAUGGAGCGACUGAGUGGUGAUAUCUAUGUGUGCAACAAGCUGAAUACGGAACUGGAGCUGGAGCCCCUGCCCGAGGAUGCGGAGAUGCGACUGCUGACAUUGGACAAUGUCCAGGGCAUACACGAUCUAUAUCCGGCCAAUGAAAUCGAAUGCGUCAAAUUAUUUGAUAUACUCGUCCGUGUCCUGCCCGGUUUGGGUAUAUUCCGCAAGGAUACAAACGAGCUGGCCGCAUGGAUGGUCCAUUCAUAUUAUGGCGCUAUGUUUUCGAUGCAAACACGUCCAGAUUAUCGACGCAUGGGUUAUGGCAUCCGUCUGGCCAAGGCGUUGACUCAGCUCGUCAUCGAGCGCGGCUACACACCCUUCGUUGUCAUACGUCCACAGAACGAUGCGUCCAGGAAUCUAUAUACAAAACUGGGCUAUGUCAAGGCAUACGAGACGUGCCGUGUGCGUAUGACACCCGAUUGCUAUGAGGAUAGCACCGUGGGCACCAUAAGUAACACAUCCUAUGCCAAGUUUCCGCCACUACCUCAGGGCGAGUGUGUUGUUCCGUUGCGCAAGCAUGUGCCCGGCGAGAGUCAGACUGUGGACGACGAGGGCAUCGAGGAUAUGUUGGCUGAAAAAUGUGAUAUCAGCAACGAAGAGGCUAGAGAGCGUAAGACCACAACUGAUGAGGGCAUCGGAGAGGAUAAGUAG